UUCAAUUUCGCAUGGCGGACGUGCAAGUGAACUCUGUUAUUUGUUGGUGAUAAUUUCAUUUAUUAUCUCGUUGUGAUUCCCUAUGGAAAGACUAAUUCUGAUGCUUCUAUUUCUUUGUGGACGUGCUUUAUUCAUUCCUUAACGUUAGAUGAUGCUUAAGUUUUAUUUAUAGUUGCAUUUGUGUGAACUGCAUAGUGUUUCUCAAAAAUGGGAAAAUGUGACGAAGCUAACGUCGAAGUUAGCAUGGGGGACUCGGCGUCCCCUGCUAUGAAACCUGAUAAUUUCUCGUUCACCCCGCCUCCAGAGGCCCCAGUGUUCGAACCCACGCCAGAAGAGUUCCUGGACCCCCUGGCAUACAUCAGCAAAAUACGACCAAUCGCUGAGAAAUCGGGCAUUUGCAAGAUAAAACCACCAGCGCAUUGGCAGCCACCGUUUGCCGUGGAUGUUGACCGGUUACGUUUCACACCGAGGAUACAGAGACUGAAUGAAUUGGAGGCGAUAACCCGAGUGAAGCUGAACUUCCUGGACCAGAUCAUCAAGUUCUGGGAGCUGCAGGGCUCUGUCCUCAAGAUCCCCACUGUGGAACGGAAGCCACUCGACCUUUAUGCUCUGCACAAGAUUGUUAAAGAAGCAGGUGGUUUCGAAGUAUGUUCAGCGGAGCGCAAGUGGUCGAAGGUGGCGCGGCGCAUGGGCUUCCCCCAGGGUAAAGGCAUCGGCUCCAUACUCAAGAACCACUAUGAGAAGAUCUUAUAUAGAUACGAUGUGUUCAAGAAUAAUGGCGCUGUCGAUAAUAAGGAUACUAAAAUCGAGGUCAAAGGCGACCAAACGCCAGAAAAGGCAGGUGGUGCCCGCAGUCGUUCGACCAGCAAAUGUACGGCGGCCGCCACCCCGCCCCCCGCGCGCCGGUUCAAACCGGAUCCCGACGGACCGACGCCUUCGGAAACCGUACCGGCUGAUAGAACUCCUUUACAGCUUCAGGAAGAAGCUAUGAAGACUCCUGUGAAAGAGGAGAACCCUGAAACUAGGAGAAGUCCUCGUGAAAACAAAUGGAUGUCAGCAGCCGGCAGCUGCGGCGCCCGGUCCCGGGUGACGCGGUCAACACGCCUGCGUGAACAUCGCAUGUCCAACAUGACGGUGUCCGUCACGCCCGCACCGCCCUCCAGUCACGCGUUGCACCCUGAUGACCCGUUGGCGAAGUACAUGUGCCACGUUUGCGGUCGCGGCGACGUAGAAGAACAGAUGCUGCUCUGCGACGGAUGUGACGACUCUUACCACACCUUCUGUCUGCUGCCGCCGCUCGCUGACGUCCCUAAAGGCGACUGGAGGUGCCCCGUGUGCUUGGCUGAGGAGGUAUCAAAACCGACGGAAGCGUUCGGCUUCGAGCAGGCGACGCGAGAGUAUACGCUGCAACAGUUCGGAGAGAUGGCUGACCAGUUCAAGUCUGAUUACUUCAAUAUGCCUGUUCAUAUGGUGCCAACAUCAACGGUUGAGAAAGAGUUUUGGCGCGUAGUAUCGUCUAUUGACGAGGAUGUUACCGUGGAGUAUGGCGCCGACCUGCAUUCUAUGGACCAUGGAUCUGGUUUCCCCACAAAGUCUCAUGCUCAGCUGUACCCCGGCGAGCAGCAGUACGCGGAGUCGAGCUGGAACCUCAACAACCUGCCCGUGCUCGAGGGCUCCGUGCUCGGACACAUCAACGCCGACAUCUCCGGGAUGAAGAUCCCCUGGCUGUACGUGGGCAUGUGCUUCGCGACGUUCUGCUGGCACAACGAGGACCACUGGAGCUACUCCAUCAACUACCUGCACUGGGGGGAGCCCAAGACUUGGUACGGCGUACCCAGCUCGAAGGCGGAACAGUUCGAGGCUGCGAUGAAGGCGGAGGCGCCGGAGCUGUUCCAGCUGCAGCCGGACCUGCUGCAUCAGCUCGUCACCAUCAUGAACCCUAAUGUGCUCAUGAAGGCUGGAGUGCCUGUCUAUAGAAUGGACCAACACGCGGGCGAGUUCGUGAUCACGUUCCCGCGCGCCUACCACGCCGGCUUCAACCAGGGAUAUAACUUCGCUGAGGCGGUUAAUUUUACCCCUGCUGAUUGGCUAAAAAUGGGCCGCGAAUGUAUCGCCCACUACUCCACCCUGCGUCGCAACUGCGUGUUCUCUCACGACGAGCUGGUCUGCAAGAUGGCGCUGACUGCCGAUACCCUCAGCCUCACGGUGGCUCUGGCUGCUUACAGGGAUAUGAGGACUAUGCUGCAUGAUGAACGGAAGCUGAGGAAGGGACUGCUGGAUUGGGGUGUAACGGAAGCAGAACGCGAAGCCUUCGAGCUGCUGCCGGACGACGAGCGGCAGUGCCAGCUGUGCAAGACGACGUGCUUCCUGUCGUGCGUGACGUGCUCGUGCACGCCGCACGUGGCGUGUCUGCGCCACUACACGCAGCUUUGCGACUGUGUACCGCACAAACACAAGCUCAGGUACCGCUACACCCUAGACGAGUUGCCUGCCAUGCUGGAGAAGCUGAAGAAGAAGUCGGAGCAGUUCCGCGAGUGGGCGGAGGCGGUGCAGAACGCUCUCGACCCUGACACGCCCAAGACCUGCGACCUGGACGGAUUGAGAGCCCAUCUUAAACGGGCACAUGAUCUCAAGAUGCACAAAACAGAGCUGGUCCGAGCUCUAGAGACAGCAAUAGAGGACGCAGAGAAGUGCGCGUCAGUGAUCGCGCAGCUGGACCUCAACAAGAUGCGCACGCGCACGCGCCAGCACGACCCCAAGUACCGCCUCACCAUACACGAGCUCACGCUGUUCGCCGCCGAGAUAGACGGCCUGGCCUGUGUGCUGCCUGAAGGAUCAGCAGUAAAAGAAGUGUUACGACAAACAUCGGAGUUCGAGACUCGAGCCACGGAACUACUGAACAAAGAUUUAGACAAGACAGAUCAAACUUACGUCAGAGAACUAGAAGAGACAUCAGAACUCGGCUCCCGUCUCUGCAUAGUCCUCCCCGCGCUCCCCGCCCUGCAGGCCCGGCUGGCUCAAGUGCGGUUCUUAGAGGAAGUCCGCACCUACCGGGAGGACUGUUCCACUCUCACAAGAGACGUUAUACAGCGUUUGUUGAACGAUGCAGACAAUGUUGUCCCCCACCAUAGGGUGGAAAUGGAGAGGUCGCUGUUGUAUAAGUUGAAAGCACAAGUCGAAGAAUGGGAGACCCGAGCCCGUGCAGUACUAAUCGACACAUCAAAACACCCCCAACCGGAUGAAGAACCCCAAUACACGACGCUGUCGGAGCUGGACGCGCUGCUGGCCGACGGCGAGGAGAUCGAGGCCGCUCUGCCGUCCUACCACGCGCUGCAGACUGCCGUCUCGCAUGCCAGGGACUGGCUCAGCAAGGUGGAAGAAAUGCAAUCGAAGGAACUGUACCCGUACAUGCACAGCGUAGAAAGCAUAGUGAAGAAGGGCCAGCAGAUCCCCCUGCAGCUAUACGAGAAGCACCAGCUGCAGCAGGCGCUGCACUCGGCGCGGGACUGGCAGCGCGGGGCCGCUGACAUGUUCCUCAAACAGAACUGGCAGUACACACUACUAGAAGCCCUAUCACCGCGAGUAGAGGCGGGUGGCGCGGAGGGGGGGCGGCGGCGGGCUCGGGCGGGCGAGGCGUCGUCGCUGGAGGCGGGGCUGUUCCUGCGCCACUUCAGCGAGGACUCCACGCCCACGGACAUCGUGCAAGCCUUCAAGCACGCGGAGCAGCAGGAGCUGCAUGCUAUUAAGGAGCUUAGAGCCCGCAACCUGCGCAAGGAGGUGCGGGCGCCGGUGUCUGCGGGCGUGACGUUCUGCACGUGCCAGAAGCGCCAGUACGGCGUCAUGACGCAGUGCGAGCUCUGCAAGGACUGGUUCCAUGCAUCCUGUAUAGCAGCAUCUAAGGAAGACCGCGAGGAAUCCCCGGAGAGGAUAGAAGUACCGUUCCCUAACACCGAACCCAAGUUCCUAUGUUCCGACUGCAUGCGGACCAAACGGCCCAGGCUUGAUCGCAUACUCGCAUUACUGGUAUGGCUACAAAAGCUGCCGGUCCGGCUAGCAGAGGGCGAAGCCCUGCAGUGCGUGACGGAGCGCGCCAUGGCGUGGCAGGACUCCGCCCGAGCCCUGCUGGCCAGCCCGCUGCUCGCCUCGCUGCCGGCGCUGCCCGCGCUGUCCUGCAGUCGGGAGAAGGCUGACAAACUCAAUGCCGAGCUCAAGAAGGCUACCGGAAGGGCACAUGAUUCACAUAAUGCACAAAAUGCCAGAUCGUCAGCGAGCGUGGAGCACGCGUACAGCGCGACGCCGCGCUCGCCCGGCGCGAGAGUCGCGCCCGGACUACUGCAAAAGUUAGAGGAUCUUAUGCUGGAGGGAGAUUUGCUAGAGGUACGUCUAGAAGAGCAAGCGUCAGUGUGGGGCGCAGUGCUCGCGUGCCGCGGCGCGGAGGGCCGGCGCGCGGCGCGGCACGACGCGGGGCGCCGCAAGCGACACCAGCGCGCGCCCCGCCACCACCACCAGCUCAAGCGGACCAGGACCAGGCAUCAUCAUGUUCAACCAACUGCAAAACCAACGCUCAAACGAGGCACAGCAACCACCACCAACUAUCUAAAUAGAAAACAGGGAGUAUCAUCGGGCUCUGGUCUGAUGAUGCGUAAGCACUACAUGGCGCGGCAGGAGCGACGCAAGCGCGGCCUCGCUGCCACCACAAGGGGGAAGCAUCCGCGACAGACUAGAAUGGCCGGAGCCCGAGCGGCGGCAGGCGCGGCAGGCCCGGCGGGCGCGGCGGGCGCGGGCGGCCCGGCUCGCGGCGCGGCGUCGCGGCGCAGCAGCUCGUCGUCGGCGUCGUCGGCGGAGGACGACGAGGACUGCGCCGCGCACAACUGUCUCAGGCCCACUGCAUCCACCUCUACAGGCAAAGUGGACUGGGUGCAAUGCGACGGCGGCUGCGACCAGUGGUUCCACAUGCACUGCGUCGGCCUCUCCCGCGCAGCCCUGCGGGAUGACGACGACUACGUCUGCGGCACCUGCGCCCGCGGGCCCCGCCAGUAGGGGCCCAGGGACCCAGGGACCCGGGGGCCUGCCGUCAUGGACUAUGUGGAAGUAGUUGACUGACAGUGAUGUGGUUCUAACACGGAAUAUUAAUGGGUUUCAUUUCUAUGUAUUUGUUGAAAUUGACUGUUCAUCGAUGAGAGGUUAUGUAAUGGAAUAUAGUCGAGAAAUAAAUAAAAUUGUCUUGACAACUAAAUCAAUUUAUACAUGUUGAAAUAUAUUAAUAUGAACAUACUUGACUAUAUUCCAAUAUGUUUACGUGAUCCUAACUGUUAAAUCACAGAUUUACAUGAAUAAUGACCACAAAAUUGGUUUUCAGAACAUUUCUGAGAAUAUAAAACCACUGAUAUUUUUGAUCUUUCAGUGUUGAAAUAGGAAGUUUCGAGCAAAUAUGAUAUUUGAAAAAGUAUGGUUCAAAAUCUCUGUAAUAUUGAGUCAGACAAUUUUACGACUUAAUAUACAAUAUACGUACCAACCAAUAGAGAUUAUACAUACAUGUCAUAUUCGCUCGAUUCUUCCUCAAUUUUCAAAAGGGUAGAGAGACAAAAGUAGGCACAAUUUGAUAGCAAUUGAUUUACCGAACGCGACAAAUUGACGCUUAUUGCCAAGUCAUACGAUUGAUUUUACAAUGAAAGAGUUUUCAUUACUUAGCGCAAAGCAUUUACGAGCAAGUACUGCAGUCCAAUGAGUUUUCGCAGUAGAUAUGACCAGAGAAAAGUUGCCACCGCUAAAAUCACAAAAUAUUAAUUGUAGUUCAAAUAAAUGUUUUCAAAUUAUCUCAAUGUGGUUUAAAACAGAUUUAAAUGGAUUUUUAAGCCUUCAUUUAUUAUGACACAGGAAACCAAGUUAAAUGAUAUUUGCCAGUUUGAAAUAAUUGCUAUAUUUGCCAAGAUAAUUGAAAUAAAUGACUACUAUGUCGAAAUAAAAUGUGUCAUGAUAAAGAUGAGCUCGGUAGUGAAUUUAAACGUCAUUCAAUGUUUUAAUAGGUGUUCAAAUAUAAUUCAAUUUUGCUGUUAUUCAUAUGGUAUUAGUUGUCAAACACUUGGAUAAAUCGGUGUAUGUAGUGACCCCCCACUCCCCGAAUAAGGGGGAAUAUUUACUAUGGGGGUGACUAGAAGGGGAGUAUAUAUCGAUGUGUCUUAGAAAUGGUGCCCUAGGUUAGCGUACUAUUUUCGAAAGAACCCAUAUGAAGAUAUUUAUGAGACGUUGCAAAGUUACCUAAAGUUCAAUCAAAUGAUUGAGAAAGGUAUAUAGAAUAUAAUUGCUAUUGAAAGAUUGCAAAAUAUAGGCAAGACCACAGAUAAGCUGUGAUAAACUUGUAUAUAAAAGACCUAUAAAUAUACAAUUGUGACAAUUAAAGGCUUGUUACUACACAACAAAAAACUGAUACGAGAUGUUAUCCACCCCUACAGUAAAUAUUCCAACCCAAAUAUAUUCAAUAUCGAUGUUAAACCAAUGUUGUUGUUAAAAUAUUAGCAAAAUAUACAUGUCUCUCUCUCUCUUUACAAGGAUGGUAUCUUCCGAGCGCGUGUGAGCGGGAUAGCUAGAGUUGUUAUUUUUAUUACUCGUGACAAAUAAUUAAGGUACCGGGACUGGGAAAAUUGUAAAAUUAUGUAUUAUAUGUAAAUGUAAAGGGACUAGUAUAAGAAAGUCGCAAAAUAUCGUAUCGGUUGAUAGGAUAAAACAUAAGUUUUGUAAGUAUGACUAGUCCUUAACUGUUUUUUUUGGUAUUAAAUCUUUUUGAAAUUCGAUCAUAGAUAUAAAAUCAUUGUUGCAAAAUUAUUGCUUGAAUAUUUUUCAAAUGAAGUAAUCUUGCGAUCUUGCAUGUAAUAAGGUCCAUCUCAUAAGUUUUGAUACCAAAUUAAUUGUUAAUUGAAAUUAUAAAUAUAUCUAUGUAUAAAUGCAUUUUCCAGUCCUGUCGAAUGUUAAUAUUGAAUGUAGCCAAAUAUUUUAAGUGUUUUUUUACUGAUUUUGUACUUUAUUUAUUUUGCUACAAUAUCGUUUAAAUUUAGUGAAUCUUAUAUCAUUUUGAUUAAUUAAUAUUAACUAUUUGUAUUCUUAGACUAAUUCUUAUUUUAUUUAAAAAGUUUUUUCUAACCAAACUUUUUGUAUUUUAUUUAGUUUGGCAACAUUCAUGUUAAUGUUAUAAGAAUGACGCAAGUUGACAAGGUCUCUGGUUAGACGAGAACAUUUUGUAAAUAUUUUUUUAAAAAACUAGCGAAAAAAUUAAAAAGUUUUUAUUGUAAUGGAAAUUUUUGCAAGAAACUGAUAGUGUAAGUAGGUGUGUGUGAGGCGUGUUUGUGUGUGAAAUAAGGCACUGUCGAACUACCAUGAAAAAAAAAACUAUCAAAUAUGUCUAAACGGAAUUUACAUCAUAAAGAAAAAAAAAACAAAUGUCGACGAGCUAAAUAGUUACAUUCACUUUUCUAUAACAUUUUACACUGUUACACUAAAACAUUAUUAAGUUUAUGUAAAGUAAUCGUGGUUGCUUAUCUAUCAACAUUAAACUUAAAAACAUUCUGCAUUAGUAUUUGUACAGAUAAAGACACACACAACACAAACUAGAGAAGGUACUUACGACGGCAUAUAAGUUACAGUUUACAAAAUUAUUUAUGUUGAUAGGGAAGAUGGCACAGUCACCUCGUUGCUUGAGUUCCAAGACCAAUUAGUACCCUACGUCUGCUCGAUAUUGGUCGAAUCGUUUAUCAUAUUGUAAAUAAUGUUUAAAUGUAGUUCGAUGUAUGUAUAUUGAGGCGCCAACGCCAUACUUGUUAGAAAAGUAAUGUUGUAAGAGCUUGCGACCCUGUCGCCUAACCAUUUGUAAGAAAAUAUUAAUGACAACUCACACGAACCACACAUUUUGUUCCACAAAUGCGUCUGGUACGUGUGAGUUGACCUUGAACACAUAUUUUUACAGAUAUUAAAAAAAAUGUCUUCAGAGAAUUUUGAGGUAUUUUUAAGUAUAUUUGACUGAAUUAGUAUCUGUUCUAAUAUGUUUGUAUGGAGAAUAUUUAUGCACUGGCCUUCCUUUUGUGAAUCAAUGUUUAUAUGAUAGUUUAUGUUAAGACGAUUAAAUAAAGCUAAUACCUUACCA